CACUUCGUUUCUGGCGGUCUUCUGAAGCAGUUGACAAGCGCUUAUCCGGUACGAUUCGGCUCUUUAUCUUCCGUGCAAAAUUUAUAAAUUGUGAAAUUAAUAUAAUUUUUGAUUUGUUGACACUUGGACUUUGAUUGAAGUAGCAGUGAUAUUUUUUUUCUCUACACCCGGACUUAUCUAUCCUGAAAAGUACGAUGAUGCUUAAAGUGGUUUCUUUAUUUCUGUGCCUCGUUAUUCAAGCUCAAUCUCAGACGCUGGUAGGGGAUGACUUUAGUGGAGACAUUGAUUAUGCCAACUUUGGAACGACAAGAUCUAUAGACAUCCUCUAUGAAGAUUUUAAUGAUGCAGUAUCAAAAGAUCUAACAGUUUCAAACGAGACGGAACUAACUACCAUUGAGGAAGAAUUUGUUUCAACUAGUGGCUCAGAUUAUAAAUCAAUAGCUUCAGCAACAGAACUUGAUACAACUACUACUUCUACAACAGCUCCAGAGACCAUUAUGACUACUGCAGAUACGACAGAAUCAUAUCCUUCUACAACACCCCUUGCAACUACAGCAGAACCAACUACCACUACUGCUCCAACAACUUUGACUACACAUGUCCCUACUACCCGAGUACACACUACCACUAAGGUGCCUGCUACAACCACACUGAUCCCUAUAACUACCACUGUACGCGCAACUACAAAAAAAUCCACUACUACCACUAAAGGAACCACCAAGGGGCCAUCAAAACAAAUUACAAAACCCCUUUUAACCACCACUCCUCAACCUCCCUCAACCACUUCAGCUCCGUUAGAAUUUCCAGAUCCUAAAGCUCCCCAGUGCUCCUUCACGGAUGACGAUUUCUUCUGUGACGUAGAUGUUGUCUGCUAUGGAGAAGGAGAAAUAGAUUGCACUGAGACUUUCGAUGAAAUAAUUCCAGAGGCUACUAUUACAAUCAGUAAAUCCACAUCGGAAUCAGACUCGAGUGAUUUCUCUGACUAUGAAGAAGAUAAUGAAUCAGAGGCUAUGGAAUAUCCACCAGAGUUGGUGGGACGCGUGUCCCCAAAGCAGAGACCAUUCCUUUUUAAGAUGAAACAGCUGGAAACCACUGUCCCAUCUGUCAGUGAGUCUGUCAGUGAAUCUGUCAGUGAAUCAGACGAGAAAGAUGAUUCUUCUCCAAAUACCAAGACAACUAUUCACAUUACCAUUGCCAAUGGAGAGAAGGUAUCCGAAAGUUCUGUUUCGAAGGAUGGGUCGCCAUCUGUUGAAUCUACUACAUCAUCCGUGAGCUCCGACAGUGCUACUCAGACUGAGAUUAUUAUCACAACUGAAACCGGCUCCCACUCUGACGAAUCUGAAUCUGACAGUAAACCAACUUCAGGCACAACUGAGAGUUCAACUUUCAACGUAUCUCACACAGCAACGGAAGUUGAUAAUGCAAUGACAACACCAAACAAAAUUCAAAACGAUACAGAAAUUACCACUGAAAUUGCUCCUGUUUUGGCUAACGCUACUGAAUUGGAAGACAUAUCUGCAGCACUCAUUGAUGACAGCCAUGAAUUCACCACCAUGAAGGCUCAUUUGAUUAACAAGAGAAGCGAGAAUAAGAUCUUGUCCUCCGGAUCGGAAUCAUCCUCAUCUUCAAUGUCUGUAUCACUCCGUUUAGGUGCAUUAGAAAGCGCUAAUCAAAAAAUCCGUGUUGGCAGAUGCCGUAUCGCUGGAACCAUGUACUGUAAUCCGUCACCAACGGUUGGAAACUGCCGAGGACGCACAAUGUGCCAAGUGGCAUCAAGCACAGCUGAAACAUCAGAAAAAUCGACUAGUGCUAAAGGUGUGGAAAACUGGGCCAUUGCCGUAAUUGCCAUCUGUGCUAUCGCUGCUGCAUUAACUAUAUCCCUGCUGAUCUAUCUUGUUUUCACUUCGUGGAAAAAACUGAAAGUCCAGCCUCAUAAUGGAGUGACUACCUUGAAUUAUGUUAACAGCACUCCUCCUUGAAUGGUUCAAUGGGAAAUAGCAAAGCGCUAUGCGCAAUCAUGGAAGAAAAACUUUGUGAUAAAAGAUUCCUUCAAAAUGAAUUUUCAUUAAUGUGGUGUAUUUAAUAUAAGUGGUCAUCUUCAUUCAUGAACUUCAUUCAUACUUAAUGUGUACCUUGCAAUGAAAGAUUUAGGAAAGAAGGCGUAGAAUUUACGUUAAGAAAGAAGUAAACUUUAAAGAAAGAAGGUGCAAUAUGCACUGAUAAGAAGGAUAUUUCGAACUUGAAAAUGAUGUACAGAAAAAGAUGAACUUGAAUAAGUGUUAUGGGCACAAGAAUGCUUCAUAAUUUAAGGAGGACUGCUUUAAGUGUCUUUUCAAAAGUAUAAGAAGAAUAUUUUGUAAUCUGGAUCUGUGUGAUGUGCAUUGCUAAAGAGUCUUUUCUUUUGGACUGAGAAUGUUUUGUGAUCAGAAAAGGAUAUUUUGAGAAUUUGAUAAGUGUUUUUAAUGCUCUUACAGUUUAUUUUAAUAUGGGAACAUGGUUAUUUGAAUGUCAAUUUUUCUUUUUGUUGAAAAAUACAUGUCUUGAUUUUUUUCCCACAAAUUCAUAUAUCUUAUAUCUUUUUACUAUUAAGAAGCUUUCAGACAAUAAAUACAUCUGCGAAAAUAAUUGUGAAUAAAUAGUUUAAUAAAUUCAGCUCAAUCUCUUUCAAAAUAUGAUUCUUGUAAGUCUUCCACUAUCAACGUAAUACAAUAUUGUAAAAAAAAAAGAAAAAAAGUAAUGUGUUGCAUGUUUACUUAUUUUUUUAUAUUCAUUCUCAUCAAACUUAAGUUUGUUGAAAUUUUGUACCAAAAUAAAAUGUUAAUAUGCUUAAUCACUCUGAAAUUUUGACAUGAUUCUAGUUGUUGCGUUGCUCUAAGAUUUUUGUGCAAUAUAUGAGAUCUAACAAUGUGUGCAAUCUGUUUCGUCUUGAUUACGCAUACAAAAUUAAAUCAAAUUCUAUCUACAACAUACGAAUUUUUUACUUGUCCAGUUAUUAUUAUUAAUCAGGGCCGUCCGAAGAGCUGAUGGCGCCCAGGGCGAAAGUUUCCUGCCCCCCCCCCCUCUACACGCACAGAAAAAUAAAGUUAGUUAUAACAUCAGUCAGGGGUCUGUCCAGGAUUUUUCACAGUGUCCGUUUUUUUGUGAAAAAUAAAAUAAUUUUGAAAAAUCAAUUAUUUUUGUAAAAAAUCAAAUAAUUAAAAAAAAAAUUCUUUCUCGUAAAAACGAAAGUUUAGACUCUUGAGAUGGUGGAAACUGCAUCAUUGACACUUAAAGUUGAGUGUUUUCUCUCUUUUCUGUUGAGAAUAUCAUUCUUGAGUGUUUUUCUAGUAUUUGAAGAGAGGAGGGAGGCAUCGCUCCCUGGGAGAUGGGCACCCAUCAGGUAUCAAUAUAUAUCUACCAUUCUACAUCAUGUUAAAUUAUACUAGAAAUGUUUUUUGUAUAGUAUUUAAAAUAACUGUAAGAAAAAAAAAUAGGCAGGGGUUCAGCAUUUAACUUUUUAACCCAAGACACUGUUUAAGAGCACAGAGUUUCGUUCAAACCUUAUAAACUCCGUGAUUUUCACAAAAAAAAAAAAAUAAUAUUUUAUUUGUUUACCUCUUAACUAAGCGUAUUAAACAUCGAAAAUUCGAAAAAUCAGAUUUCCACAGCGGAUGCAAAGAGAUUGCAAUCCUCAAAGUGAAGGAAUCAAAAGUAUAAAAACGGCUUUUGAAAUACUAAAUAUUUUUGAUAAAAUUACUUUUGAAUUGCAUUUUAGAGUCCUAUGAUAAACAUAUCAUUAAUAUCUGGACACAGUUGAAGCAAAAAUAAAUAAAUAAAUAAAAUAAAAUAAAAAAUAAACCAUCGAUUCAGCAUUUUAAUUAUUGACUCAUAAAAGAAAAUGGAAUUCCCCUUUAAAAACUUGAAAUAAGCUUUGUUACAAAAAUAAAGACUUUUCAUUUAUUUGCAUCCUAAUAAAGCGAAGUUAGCUUGAAAAAAAGAAUAAAAUAUGAUUCUCAUAUCGGAUGUAAAAAGAUUGCGUUUUUCAAAAUGUAGACAUCUAUAGAAAAAAAUAACGGUAAAUAAAAGCUUUUUUAAAGUUAAUUAUCCUUUUUAGUAUCGAAAAACCAAACCCAUAUAACUUUCUCCCAAAAUAACAGUUUAACAUCGCACCACCAGACACUAAGUGGCGAUAAGUUUAAAUUUUGUAACCCUAUCUGAAGCGAUCACAUCCACCCCACCCAUAAUAUCCUUUGUAGUUCUAAAUUCAUUUCGCUGUAUAUUAUUGAUGAUUAAAUCAUGAGUGGGGAGAAAAGUGCUUAUUACGCCUAUUCAGAGAAUGUUGACGCUUUUCCAAAGAAGUUAACAACAACACCGCUGCAUAAAACAAACAAGCAAAAUUAUAAACUAAACUGACUUUCAGCUGUUAAUUUCUUUCAAAGAAACCAACAACAAGCAUUAUAUUUAUUUGGCGGUAGUAAUUAUUUAUGGCUUGCAGGAGCAUCACAAGAGUGUCGAUUUUUUUUUCCUUUUGCAAAAUUAGCUGAUUUUGUAUAAGUUGAUUCCUCUAAUUUAACUUUAAAUAUGCUGUAUUAUUUUAAUUUGAGAUUUGCUCUUUCAAUAAACAAUUUGUGAAAGAUCCGUUUUUGUUUACCAGAAUUUUGUUGAAAAAAUCGGUUGAUCGGAUUUUUGUGAAGGGUCUGUUAACGGACCCAAAUUUGCUCUGGUCAGACCCCUGUCAGUGCAUCAUACGCGUGAACGCGUCAUACUUGCGUUUUCUAAAUAUUAAUGAACUAAAUAAUCAGAGGGCUCGGAUAAUACACAUUAAAACGCAAGCAAUGAAUUUGUUUCUAAUAUUUGUUUAACGUAAUAAUUAUACAUAUGUACAACCCCCCCCCCCCCCACACACCCCGGAAGCAUUAUGAAGCAUUUGAAAUGUUGCUCCCAGACCUCAAUUUUAUUUCGCGAAAUUGCCGGGGGAAAGUUCCCUAAUACUUAGCAACAUCGAAAAUUGCUCGGAAUUGCGUUUUUGAAGCUUUAAUUUCGAAAAAUUAUUGGCCCUAAUAUUACAAAAUAUGGCCGUACAAUCGCAGUUUUUAGUACUUGAGCUUCACAAAAUAUUUGGGCAAGGAUUCCCAUACCGUCUUUCUUUAAUAGCACAAGCAACGAAUGUUUUAAGCGACACUUACAAAAAACUUAAGUAAUGUUUUAUAUUCAAGGGCUAUUCUACUUAAGUUUUUUGGAACAUAAUUUUGAAAAAAAUUUCAGGGAAGAAAUCCUUCCCAUAAAAUCUAUAAAGUUUGUGUAAAUUACGUUUUUGAAACUUUAAUUUCGAAAACUUGCAGAGGGAGAAGGAAUUGAUUCCAAUCUAUUUUUUAAAAAAUCUGCCGGGGACAGUCCCUGAGCUCCAUCAUUUACCCCAACGUCAAUAGUCAUGGCCUGUGAUCGCGUUUUUAAAAGGUUUCAAUUCUAGAAACUUCCUCUGAGACCUCUUUACCUUUUUUUCCCGUAGCAUCUGCAAAGAAAGACUAAAAUUGCGUUUUUAAAACUAAAAGUUUCAAAAUUUUGAACGGCCCCGCCUUUCUUAUCACAUCAAUUUUUUUUUCAAUGGGCCCCCCUAAAACUUUUGUUUGAGACAAAACAGUUAUAUUCUCAAAAUUUGUAUCUGCUUCAAUGAUGCAAAGGAAACGAACGUUUUGGAGAGAGAAAUAUUUUCGUGCACUGGUAAAAAAUAGAGAACCAUUGCAAUGAUUUUCUAUUUUGUGUGUCGAUGACCAAAUUAGGGGCGUGUUGCGGCGUCCCCUCAUUUCAAGGCUCCUGGGGCGAUUGCCCCGCUCUCCCCCCCCCCCCGUUUGGACGGCCCUGUUAUUAAAAAUAUAAUAAUUGACGAGUAGUCUCUUGGGAAUAUUUUUUUUCGGUAUUGAAAUUAAACUUUUUAUGAACUAUUUAUCCAUACCAUGUGAAUGUGUAAAUUGUCGAUAGGCCUCGAGUUUUUGGCCCCGUGCCAUUCAUUUCCAAUUUGCCAUUAAAUGUGUCAAAAACGAAUGGGCUGAUAUUAUCUGAAUCAGAUAGUUGAUCCGUAUGGAUAAAAUUUAACAGUGCUGUCAUUUUCUUUUCAUCAUAAAAUCCUUCUAAGAAUAUUAAGAGUUAGAAAUCAUGCAGUUCCAUUUUUAGUACUGUCUGUGAUUAUUAUGCACUGAAUCUUGUCCGUACCUGUUUCUGUGAGCAAUAAGGAAGUCCAGGAAAGAUUCUUAGGAACAAAAAUUUGUAGGGGAGAGCGAUUAAAAUGCCAGUUUAGUCUAAGCAACUAUAUAAAUUUAAAAUUAUCUAAUAGGUGCAAUGAGUUAAAUUUAGUAACUUUCCUUACAAGUUACCUAAAAGAAUGAGAUAGUUAAUUACUGUUAGCAUGGCAGUAAUUCAGAAGUGUAAAAGAUGGGAAACAAAGUAAUAAAGAAGUAAGAUUUUUUUUUUUUUUUUGGUCUCCUUUAUUAGAGUGAUUGAAAUGCCCCUUUAGUCUAAACAAUUAUAUAAAUUUGAAAUUUUCUAAUAGGUGGGAAGAGUUAAAUUUAGUAAUUUUCAUUGAAUGUCACUAAAAGAAUGGGAUUGUUAAUUUCUGUUAGCAUGGCAGUAAUAUUGCAGUGUUGAAAAAAAUGGAAAACAAAUUAUGAAGUUAGAUAUUGUUCUGUCUCCUUUAUUAGAGUUAUUAAAAUGCCAAUUUAGUCUAAGCAACUACAUAAAUUUAAAAUGUUCUAAUAGGUGGGACGAGUUUAAUUUAGUAAUUUUUCUUAAAUAUCACUAAACGAAUUUGAUAGUUAAUUUUUGUUAGCAUGGCAGUAAUACUGUAAUGUUAAAAAAUCGAAAACAAAGUAGUUAAGAAGUUAGAUAUUUUUUCUCUCCAUUGUUUUACAAUCUUGACUUAUGUGUAGAAGUGAGGACUAGAUUUAAUUCAUAAUGAUCAUCGUCUUGUUUGUACUUGGUUUCAGUAGCAUAUACAAUCAUUUGCGAGGAAUAUUAAAGUAUAGGGAGAAGAAUCCCAACGAAAAUAAGUAAUAUCAAUAGAAUGAUAUUUUCAAGUUUAUCAUAUAUUUAUUUUUUAGCAAUAAUUUUUUUUGUUUAGAAUAGUGUUCAAUUAAUUUCUAUAAUUUUCAAAUAACUUUUUUAGUUUAUUUGAAAAAAGCGCAUUGAUAAUGCAUGCUUAGACUAAAUUAUUAUUUAGUAGUUUUUAAAGUGUUCUAAUGAAACGAAAUUGCAUUUUUUAAAUUGCAACUAUUUCACUUUUAUAUGAAUUUGUAAAUAAUGCCUUCCAAUGUCAUCUGGUUCCAAGAAUGUAUUUUCCAUUUAUGUAAAAAAAUAAGUGUAUGA